UAUUUUACCUUUAAAAACACAGAAAGAGACCACCAUGUGACGCAAGUCACAACUAUGGUUCAAGAAAAAAGAGCCUCUAUAUUUAAAAAAAAUCACCACAACAAUAUCCCUGGAGCUACUACUAUGAAGCAAUGUUUCAAACGAGAAUGAUUUUGAAGUACAUACGCAAACAAAGGUCCCUAAUUUGUGGAAACAAACUGUUGAAUCUUGAUUCCUCAAGAUUUAAGACUUCCUCUGCUUCAAUUUCCACCAAGUCAUCUAAGCAUCAGAAAUCCAAGAAAACUGAAAACCCCAGUUUGAAAAACCAGAUUGAACCCCAGAAUUUCAGUUCACUCUUCAAUGAGAUCAGAGAGAUUUUAGGAAUAGAGACUGUAGUAACUGCAGAUGAAAACCCAUAUGGGCCUGAAAUACUAGUCGUGGAUUCAUCAUCUUACACGGGAAGUGUUUGUGAAAAUGCCAAGCCUAGUACAGAGCUGGAAAUGAGAAAUUUACCUAAAGAUACUCGGAUAGAAAGUUUGGUGAAAAGGGAUGUUAGUCCCAUUGUUCACAAGAUUACAGAGAUUGUGAGGAGUGAAAAUGAUGUGAUUUCAAUGGAGGAACAACUGGAAAAAGCAGGUUUUGAGUAUAAUGAGGAGGUUGUUGACAAGGUUUUGAAGAGGUGUUUCAAAGUUCCUCAUUUAGCUUUGAGGUUUUUCAAUUGGGUGAAAUCAAGAAAAGGAUUUAGUCAUACUACAGCGACUUAUAACACAAUGAUUUACAUGGCCGCAGAAACUAAGAAGUUUCGCUUGGUUGACGAAUUGGUGGAGGAAAUGGGGAGGAGUUCUUGUCAGAAGAAUCUUAAGACGUGGAGUAUUCUGCUCUCCCAUUUUGGGAAUGCAAAGUUGAUUGGCAAAGCAUUGUUCACGUUUGAACAGUUGAAGAAAUUUGGUUAUGAGCCUGAUUUAAGGGCUUAUAAGACCUUGUUGAGUUCGCUUUGUAAUGCUGGAAAAGCAGACAUUGCUUUGGAGUACUACAAUGAGAUGAUCAACAAAGGCUUGAUGUUGGAUGCAGCUAUGUCUGGACAGCUGCUCAAAUGCUUGGCUAACUCUGGAAAUAUUGCUGCAGUUCACAAAGUUGGCGACGACAUGAUAUGGGUUUUUAGUAUUUCAGAAAACCAUGUGUAUGGCCUUAUGCUGAAGAGUUUCUGCAUUGCAGGGAGGAUUACAGAAGCUUUGGAAUUGAUUCGUGAUUUAAAGAAUAAAAAUGUGAAGCUUGAUUCUGAAUUUUUUGUGACAUUGGUGAAAGGACUGUGUAGGGCUGAGAGGAUCAGUGAUGCAUUGGAGAUUGUUGAAAUUGUAGAGAAAAGAAAUGGUGCUGAUGAGAAGCUUUAUGCAGUGCUUAUAAGUGCAUAUUUGAGGAAAAAUGAAAUUUCAAAGGCACUUAAUCUAUUCCAGAGCAUGAAAGAUUCAGGAAGUUUGCCCACAGUAUCUACCUAUACUAAUCUGAUGCAGCACCUUUUCAGGGUUAAUGAGUUUCAGGAAGCGUUGAACCUCUAUAGCGAGAUGACAGAGAUAGGAGUUGAAUUGGAUUCUGUUGCAGCAACUGCGGUAAUUGCAGGUUAUAUCAGCCAAAACUGCAUUUCUGAAGCAUGGAAAGUGUUUGAGAAUAUGAAGGAUAAAGGAAUUGACUUUAGCCGGAAAUCAUACACCAUUUUUAUCAAGGAACUUUCCAAAGUGUCAAGGACGAAUGAUAUUUUCAAGGUUCUGAAUGAAAUGAAGGCCUCCAAGAUGGUUAUUGGGAACAAUAUCCUCCAGCAUGUUAUUUCAUAUCUGGAGAGAAAAGGAGAUAUGAAGAACAUCAACAGAAUCAAGCUGCUACAGGGUGUUUCUAAAGUUCACCAAGAAAAUGAAACACCCGAAUUGGAUGUGAGCAGUCAGCAAGGUCGAAAUUUGGAAUUAAAAUCAGAAAACCUAGAACGGGUGUCCUCAGCUCUUGACAUGCCAGAGGCAGCUUCAAAAUCCUGUAGCGAAUGUGAUAUACAUGAGAUUUGCCAAAUUUUGUUAUCAUCAACAGAUUGGUGCUUAAUACAUGAACAAUUGAAAAAAUACAACAUACAUUUCACCCCAGAAAUUGUUGUGGAAGUUUUGCGUAAUUUCAGGCUGCAAGGUUGUGUGGCAUUGCAAUUUUUUUCUUGGGUUGCGAAGCAAACUAAUUAUAGGCAUACAACGGAAUUCUACAAUAUGGCCAUUAAAAUAGCAGGACAGGGCAAGGACUUCAAUCAGAUGAGAAAUCUAUUUUCUGAUAUGAGGAGAAACGGUUGCUUAGUAACAGCUCAUACCUGGACAAUCAUGAUAAUGCAGUAUGGCCGAUCCGGACUCACAGAUAUUGCUGUUCGUACCUUUAAAGAAAUGAAAGAUAGCGGUUGUAAACCCACAGAAAGUACAUACAAAGCUUUGAUCCCAUCUCUUUGUCAGAAAAAAGGUAGGAGAAUUGAUGAAGCAGUAAAAAUAUUCCAGGAGAUGAUUCAAGUUGGAUGCACUCCUGAUAAAGAACUAAUUGAAGCUUAUCUCGGUUGUUUAUGUGAGCUUGGUAAAUUAAGGGAUGCCAGAAGCUGUACUGAAUCUUUACAAAAACUCGGUUUCAGUAACCCUUUAACUUAUUCAUUGUACAUUAGGGCACUUUGUCGAGCAAGGAGGCUGGAAGAGGCUUUAGCAUUGGUUAACGAAGUUGAUGACGAGCAGCAUGUCUUGAAUCAGUAUGUUUAUGGAAGUUUAGUUCAUGGAUUACUACAAAAAGGGCAGUUAGAAGAGGCAUUGGCUAGAAUAGAAUCUAUGAAGCAGGUCGGUAUUCAUCCUACUGUUCAUGUAUAUACUUCCUUGAUUGUUUACUUCUUUAAGGAGAAACAGAUAGGAAAGGCUCUUGAAAUUUUUGAGGAAAUGAAAGAUUUAGGCUGCCAACCAACAAUUGUUACGUAUUCAGCGUUAAUACGAGGGUACAUGAACAUGGGAAAGGUUUCUAAUGCUUGGAGUGUGUUUCAUCAGAUGAAAAAGAAUGGACCAUCUCCUGAUUUCAAGGCAUACUCCAUGUUCAUCUCUUGUCUAUGUAGAGUUGGUAAGUCUGAAGAAGCUCUCCAACUUAUCUCUGGAAUGCUGGAUACUGGGAUUGUUCCUAGUACAGUUAAUUUUAGAACCGUCUUCUAUGGGCUCAACAGAGAAGGAAAACAAGAUUUGGCGAAUACUGUAUUACAGAUGAAGUCAGAUGUGAAAAAGAGAAGAAAGUUGCUACCUUGAUUUUCCAUUCCUAGUUGUAUGAUCAUUCUUGCUUAGCUCUCUUCUUUUUUUUUUUUUUUUUGUGUGUGUGUGUGUGUGUGUGUGUGUGUGUGUGUGUUUUUAACAACAACAACGAUAACUAUGCAUCAAUAUCAAGCUAUCAAUUCCAAGCUGGUUGAGAGCAGCUA